GUGAUUCCUAGGAAUGUGUUCCUAGAUGGCGGCGGUUGAAGGCUUGGAGAGCCAUGACAACGCCCAGCUGUAUUCUGACCUUGGAUUAGGAAUUGAAAAGCUUCACGUACCAUAUGCAGCGUCAAACUCCAGGGUUCGAGGUGCUGUGGCAGAAGCUUUCCAGCAUCUAAGGACACUUUGGCACCCUAAUAUAUCAUGCUAUACCGAUAUAUUGAGGUUAGAUGGCAGCAAUUACAUUCUAGUCUCGGAACAAUAUUCCGUGUCUCUAGAUGAUCUGCUGGAUAGCUACCACGUUUCCUCACGGUAUAAUGAGAACAAACUCGAUGUCUACGAUAUUGACCUAUUCAACGUUGUACAUCAAAUAGUAACUGGUAUACAGUACUUACACCUGCACGGUAUAGAGCACGGGUCACUGGGGACGCAUAAUGUAUUCCUAGAUUCUAAUGGAACUGUUAAAAUAGGAUGCUACGCCAGUGAAUACCUGCGGCGUAUAGCUUUGCAUGUAAUAGAUGAAACUGCAGCCGACGAGUGCCCAAAUCAACCAGAUGCCAACUCAAAGCCUUACCCCGGAAUUUUUCAACGUCCAAGCGACUUUGAGAUGCUGUCAAAAUGCUUUUCCGCACCGGAGUUGCUAAAUCGAAAAAAACAGUUGUCAUACAAUGAAUCAAUGACAAAUGAUACUUGGAGCAUUGGUAUGAUAUGCUUACAGGUAAUAAAUGCGCUCAUUGCCAAGAGGACUAUAGAAACCAGUGGAAAUAAAUGUGCAUCCACAAAGUUGUAUCGUGAUAUUACGUCAAUGGCACGUUGCUCUAAAAGUAGACCUAUUGUCCAAGAUGCCUUCGCCAUUACCGCUAAACUAAUAUCUGUCGCUUGCUCCAAUAUGGAAAAGAGUCAAUCAUUACUAGGACUGAAUGUAGAACAAAUGUGCAUUGAUGCAAUGAAGAUGGAUAUCCCAGAAAAUGAUUUGAAUUGUAGAUCUAAAAUUGCCCACUUGAUAGAUGCCCUCCUGGAGAGAUACACAGACCUGGUACUCCAAGUUAUGUGUAACCAUGAUAAACACGUCGAUCCGCUAUUAAUUGCUUCAAUAAGUAGUGGGCAUGCAGAAGCAACUUGGACAAACGACAUAAACAGAUAUGACCCAGUGGAUCCUGAUAAGCAUCAGGCAUCGGCUGAUGGUGGCUUUGAUGGAAAUAUAAGUCAAAUUCAUGAACAUCCAGGAUGCACGGUCAAUAGUAAUAUAUCUAGUAAACAAAAUGAUCAACGCUUUGUUAUUAACAACGAUGUGGAAUUUUCCCAUUCUGGUAAUCAUGUCGACCACCGAGAACCAGAUGAGAUAUCGCAAGAUGACAGUUACAAACAAUAUCGCAAAUUGAUAGAGACAGCAGUCGGAAUCCUAAUAGAUUGGUUCACAUCAUCGUCAUUAAUCGCAAAUAUGGUAUCGUUUCUAGGAAUUGACCUUGACCAAGGUAGCUGUGACCCUACACGGGAACAUAAUGCAGAUGUCCACUUGAUAUAUACACUCUUUAACAUGGCUAACACGUGCUUGGUUGUAUCUACAGAAGCUAGACCAAGAGCGGUAGACCUGCUUUUGUUGUUCAAAAGGGUCAACACUAAAUCACUUUCACAUGAAGCUCCAUAUAUGUGGAAGGUUACGUCGUAUCACUGGGCAGAUAACAAAACGAAUAAUGUUGGACGCAUGACAAUUGACUACUUCAUAGAACGAAAGCAUCGUAAACUAUGCUUGGAAGAGACUAAUAAGCGUAUAAUACCAAUACAUGUGGACGAUCUAUUUUACUUUUGGCGACUCAUGGGCAACAACCCAAUAGAUGCCAUUAGUGAUCUUGAUUGCGAUCCUUAUGUUGUCAAUUAUCAAUACGAGUUUGUUGAAUUGAUUAAAUUACUGGAUAUCAUGAAGCAGGCUGAUCUUUUCCCGAUGAUUAUUGAGCAUCAAAUCAGACCGACGUUUGCCUAUGCCAGGCAGUUUAGCUUUCUCUACCAGUGGAUACGCUACCGACGAUUUGAAAAGUUAUUGUUCAACGCUAGUGAAAGCAUACAGCAAAUAUCUACAGAAGCUUUAUUAGACGUGCCUCCGGUACUCAGACGUUAUAUCUGGUGCGUCAUACUCCAGGUCGAUACCAACGUAAAACCCCCAAUGUCGUACAUCGAACCUCGUUACACAGACACUAACCUGGAAUAUGAAAUAUACAAGGUGUUUAAAAGGUUCAACAAUGACCUUUUAGAGUCCAAGCGGGCUAUGCAAAUGAUGGUUCAUGCUAUUGUUGCCAUCAGGGUAACCUACGAAAUAGACUGUUUACAAAACUCAAUAUACGCCACAUUUGUGCCAUUUUUACUGCUGUACUAUGAAUAUUUCGACAUAUUCAUGCAAGUGGUUUUCAAGGUAUUCGAUAAGUACCUCAAGCACUACUAUAUCAACUCAGGAUCGUUCGUAAACAACGAGCUUGAUGAGUUUGGCACCAUGCUUAUAUUUUUUGAUCCACAGUUAGCAGUGCAUCUUCAGCAACUUGGCGCAUACCCAGAUGCAUUCGCCCUGCCGUGGUUCAUGAGCAUAUUUGCAGAAAUAGCCUCAACGCAACAGCUUUAUAUGCUAUAUGAUACUGUUCUUAACUAUCCAAGAAACUUCGUCAAAUACAUUGCAAUAGGAAUUUUACAUAGCGCACGAGAGGGUAUCCUGCAAAUAUGCGACGCACCCAGGGCUCUAUCGUAUAUCACCAGCAUUCUAGACACCAUCAAUAUACCCAUGCUGAACUCAGUGUGCUCCCAUAUGUACAAUACAUGGGAUUCGCUACUGUUCUCAGCCCAAGAACGUAGACCAAAGAUGAUAAGAACAUCAAGUAUACAAACGCCGGUGACACCCUAUUGUGACGAGCCGAAUAUUUCAACACUAGAAACCACAACCUUCACAUUCAACCUUGAAACAUGCCCUAAAUACAGAUGCUUCACAGUUGAUUUGAGUCAGAAUCUUGGAUUACUGGAAAAAUGCCUAGUUGUGGAUUUGAGACCAAUGGAAUCGUACAAAUCAGGGCAUCUGCCAAACUCAUGUCAUAUCGAUCAUCUGUUACAAUGGUUAGAAAAACGGGAACUAACUCACAUAAAUGAACUGGUUGAAGAUAUUGUAAGCGAUAGUGUAACUAUUUCGUCAGACUUAUAUAUCAAUAAGAUGCGGAAGAGAAUUCAGAUGGCUAAAAUGUGCGAAGUGUUGUUGAAAAGGACUAGCGCACCGUGGCCACAGGAACGCCUACGAGAACAGGCGAUACUAUUGGCCGCAGGAGAUGGAACAGAACUUGAUCGUGAAAUGGAACUUAUACAAAGGUUGGUACUUGACUUCCAUGUGCCACAAUUGUGCUACUACCGCAUAAACCCGGAGGACUGGCUGAAGUUUCUUACCACAGCCCAAGUAUAAAUCCACAAACACAGUAUCACUUAUAGUAAAUCUUU